GGCGGCAGCGCACUGACGCAGCCUAGUGUUUGAGAGAAAAUGUAUCGCUUGCGUUCAAAGUCUUAUACCGGAAUCGCUUUUAACACUUACCAUUUCACUGUGCCGUUGGAAAAUACUCAACUGAAAAGACAAUAUAGUAAAAACUGGUCGUGUAUUGGUUGAUUUUAGGAGCGGAAUUACUCAUUUAAACGAGAUGCCACGAGCCAAGAAAAGGAGCGGCAGAGGGGGACAACAGGGGAAUGUCCAGCCGUUCAGUGAUGAAGAUGCAUCUAUUGAGACCCUCAGUCACUGCAGCAGCCUCAGUGAUCGAACCAGUGCACCCGAGGAAGCUGGUGAAAGUGAGGAAAUGACUCAAGAGGACUUCCAGUAUAAACUGAAGGUUUACAUCGACAGCACAGUGGAUAAGAGUGCCAAGACCAGGCAAGGUGCCCUUGAUGGACUAAAGACCGCCAUGGCAACCAAAAUCCUGUACGACUUUAUUUCAGAGAGAAGGAUGACCAUAACAGACAGCAUCGAGCGUUGUUUGAAGAAAGGGAAAGGGGUGGAGCAGAGUGCCGCGGCUUCUCUGGCUUGUCUCCUGUGCAUCCAGCUGGGUUCAGGAAUUGAGAGCGAGGAGGUUUUUAAGACCCUUAAACCUGUUUUUAAGACCAUACUUAAUGACGAAACAGCCAACAUCCAGGCUAGACAAGCCUACGCAACAAGUCUAGGCCUCUGCACUCUUGUGGCAGAAGAUGAUAUCUUGGAUGUGUAUGCCACUAUGGAGAGCUUCGAGAGCUUAUUCACCCGCUCGUACGUUAGGGAGGACGGGACCAGACCUUCUGUGAGCCCUCAAACCACACAGCUUCACACCAACGCUCUUCUGUCCUGGGCCCUGCUGCUCACCAUCUGCACGGGCAGCCACAUAAGAGCCAUCGCGCAAAAACAUCUUGCAAAACUUCCUCGCCUGCUGGAGAACGAUGAUGUCAACAUGAGAAUCGCUGCCGGAGAGACCAUUGCACUGCUGUUUGAGCUCAUCCGAGAUGUCGACCCCGACUUUGAAUUUGAUGACUGGGAGCCAUUGUGUGAGAAGCUGAACGCUUUAGCCACCGACUGCAACAAACACCGAGCCAAGACUGACAAGAGAAAGCAAAGAUCUGUUUUCAGAAAUGUCCUCAAGGCAGUAGAGGAAGGGGAUUUUCAAACCGAGUCGAUUCGCUUCGGCACAGAGCGAAUGGUUAUCGACAGCUGGGUGAGGAAGAGGACGUAUGACGCUUUCAGAGAGUUUGUCGGCUCUGGUAUGAAUUACCAUUUACAGGCGAAUGAGUUCAUAAGGGAUGUGUUUGAACUGGGACCACCGAUGUUGAUCGAUUCUGCUGCUCUGAAAGCUAUGAAGAGCUCCAGACUGGAGCGGCACCUCUACAAUGCAGCUGCAUUUAAAGCUCGAACCAAGGCGAGGAACAAAGUUCGUGACAAAAGGAUUGAUGUUGGAGAGUUUUAGUUUUUGUAGUACUUCAUUUUUUUUAUUUGCAUACAUUGUUGUGUUUUGCAUUUCUAAUAAACCAUAGCCUAAAUUACUUUUUCAUUAUAAAUGUAAUGUUUGCUUGGAGUAAAUUCACUAAUUUCUCCUCAAGUGUAGUUUAUCUCGAUGUAUUUAAGUGAUGUUGUGUUUAUCAUAAGAACAUCAAAUGGUCUUUGUCAUUUGUAGAUUGUGUAGUGUUAUGAAUUGCGCAGUAUUUAUGAAUAGUUUGUAUGUUAAUGUCAUGGGCCUGUACUGUAGUGAGGAGGUUGUACAUUUGAAAAUAAUAAUAAUAAUAAAGUUAAUGUAUUUGAUUCCCCCUCA